AUGCCGCAGAUGGUCUGCGAAAGGAAUUUACGUGACAGUGUGAGCCGAACCCGUCCGCAGUCUGGCGUGCCACAGUCGACGCCCGUCACGGCCGGUCAGUGCAGAGGCGAGGCAGUUCUUCUCCCCCGACACAUCGAGAAACUGCAGUCUCAGUACCCCGGCAUCACAAUAUGUGCAGCUGAGUCGAAACAUUCUCCUCCUCCAACACCCGCAGUUAUGGUGACGGUCGCCUCGCCGGACGGCUCCCCCGAGUCGGCACGCGUGUGUCCCGUCUGUGGUGUUUCCUUCGACAGCGACUCUACCUUGCGGCAGCACGUCGUCAUCUCCCACUCUGGCAGCACAUACUUAGAGUGCGAGCUCUGCGGGGUGGUGCUUCCCGGCCUCACGACAUACCGAGCCCACCUCAUGGAGCACGGUGCUGGAGCCGAUGCCGGCAAACGGCACUCUUGCGACGAGUGCCCCAAGAGGUUCACUAACAGAGCACACCUGGCCCGCCACAAAAUGUUGCACUCUGGGGAGCGGCCAUACGUCUGUCACGUCUGCAGCAAGGGCUUCAUUCGCAAGGACCACAUGCUCAAGCACGCCAAGGUGCACAACUGUCGUUGUGUCUUCUGCUUCCCCGGUGCCGUGUACGAUUCCGCGUGA